AUGGAUGCGCAAUCAACAACCGCUGCUCCGGCCACGGACGCCGCCUCAUACCUCGACCUGGGCAUUACACUUGCCCUGAACAGCUGGCCUGCUCUCACAUUAGCUGUCCAGUCAAAUUGGGGUGGUCCCACUUCUAGCGACAAGCGCGACUGGCUCUGUGGCGCCAUCUCUGAAAUGCUGAGUGACCGACCCGAAACCGACGCUGAGGAUCUGGAGGAUGUCUUGAUCCAGGUUAUGAACGACGAGUUCGAUGUAGUUGUGGACGACGAGAGCGCUGGAAACGUGGCGGUUCAGAUUAUGGAAUUCAGGGAACAGACAACACAGGGAGAGUUCGGCGCUAUCCAAGAGUUGUGGGAGACCUGGCAGAAGAAGAGCCAGCAGAAGUCUACGGCGACGAGCAUGUUCAAGGAGGUUGACGCGCGGGACGAGGAUCAGGAGACUGAUGGUGAGGAGGACGACUCCGAGGGCGAGGAUGUCGAGAUGGGAGAGGCCCCUGCUCUGGUUCGGGCGCCUCGCGAGAAAGCUGAGCCAGAGGUGGAUGAGGACGGAUUCACUAUGGUGAAGAAGAAGCGGUAA